GUCACACUAAACUAGUGCUAAAUAUAAUUUUAAUAAACAUUGCGCACUCUUUUCUAAAAAUAUGAGAUGUGCCGUGCCCAAUUGCAGGAAUGCUUUUGUCAGCAAAUCUAAAAGGGAUCCGGAUCAGCAGCAGCAGAUCGGCUUCUUCCGGUUUCCCAAGUGCCCGGAAACAUUCAAACUUUGGCUCGCAUUCUGCGGCUUCACCGAGGUCUCCUUGAAGUGGAAGAAUCCGUGCAUUUGCAUUGAACACUUCAAAGACGAGGACAUCGAGGGCUCAUUAAAGUUCGAAAUGGGACUGGCCAAAAAGAGAACGUUGCGACCGGGUGCGGUUCCCUGCAUAAACAAAAGCCAGGAAAGUCCUUCGGAAAGAGCGCGAAAAGAAAGGACUCAGCGGCGCAGAAACCAAAAACUGGUGGCCGAACUUUUGGCAGAAGAUGAGUCCAAGUCGAGUGCUCUAGCACCGUCCACGGUUGUCUGUCCAGAACAGGAUAAUGUGGAUUUAGCAGACGCUGUAGCAAUGGAUUACGAUGCAAUUAUCGGCGGAGUUCAGAUGGAGAAGGAGGAGAAGUGUCGCAUCUGCUACCAGGACUUUGUCGUGGACAACAGGGCAAAGGAUCUCUUUGACCAGGCCAACAGUAUUCUGCUCUUCCACAUUGAAGUCAUUAGCGGUGUUUGGAUCAGCCACAAACCAGCCGAGCCUCAACUUAUGUGCCCUGCUUGUUUAUUAUCCCUAGACCAGGCCAUAGAUUUCCGAGAGAUGUGCAUCAGCACGGAGCUUAAGAUCAGUCAGUCCAACCCCUUGAACAAAAUGGAGCCAGCUAAAAUCGAGCUUAAGGAUCUGAACGAGGAGUCUUCGACAUCAGAACCUGAAUUUGGCUCGGAUUCAGACUUCACAAAUUUAGAAGAAAUUGAAGAAGUCGCAGAAGAUGAAGAGCCUGCCGAGGAUGAAGCUAAUUCGAAUGACCAGUUGAGUCAAGAGCCAUUCAUCGAACCCGAUGAGCCCACCUCACAGGAUCCACUCAGUGUGGCUCUAGGGGCUAAGAUCUUUAAGGAAUUAAUAGACCAAUACACGGGGCAUGAAAGAACUAAACUAAAAAAAGAGCCGACAGUUGCCAAGAAGUCUAGGUUCCGACAAACCGCAUUUUCCGAGCAAAAGCCAAAGCGCAGGGCCAAUCCCAAGACCAAAGAAGAGAGGAAUCUCAUACGUCGCGCCCAGCUGCGAGCCAAGCCGCCGAACUUUGUGUGCGACCAGUGCGGUCAAGCCUUCCGAAUGUCCCAUAACCUCCGCAUCCACAUGCUCCGGCACAGCCGCACCAAGAACUACCAGUGCAGCGAGUGCCCGAAGACCUUCUACGACGCGUACAUGCGCAACAUACACAUCCGCAUUCGUCACCGUGGCGAAUCGCCCUUUGCCUGCCGUUUUUGCAGCGAAACGUUUGCCUAUGCUGGAGCUCGCCAAAAGCACGAGAGUGAGGUCCAUAAUGCAGCGCCACGCCUGAUAGUGAAGCGAAUCAACCCAAAGCCCAUGGCCAAACCUCGGGAUGACGUGCGUUACCAAUGUAAGCUGUGCCACAAACAUUACGCUUCCAAAUACGCAUUGGGCUGGCACAUCAAGUCGCACACCGAUGCGAACGCUUUUAAGUGUAAGCAGUGCAGCAAGAGUUACUCCGAUCCCAACAAGCUCAAGCGACACGAAAUGACCCACGAGAAGAGGCCGCUGCAGUGCGACGUCUGUUUGAAGGGAUUCUACCAGCGUACGCGACUGCGGGAGCACGAGCUUAUCCACACCGGCGAACGUCCAUAUUGGUGCGAGGUGUGCAAUGUUCACUUCCGUUACAAGUACAACCUGAAGACUCAUGGCAACAGCAAAAUGCACCAGGAGAACGUACGCAAAACUGGCGGAGAACUAAUACUUGAAGCAGAAUGAAACGAGAGCUUGUUUUUCAA